AUCUUUGGCUGCUGGGUUUGGAUCCUUGUAGCAGCUACCACAGUCUAUUUCCCUUUGCUGCAAGGAUGGGUCAUGUACGUCUCGAUCAGCUCCUUUGUCAUCUCCUUUCUCCUCCUCCUGAGUUACUUAUUUGGCUUCCAUAAACAGUUUAAAUCCUGGAGAAUUCUGGAUAGUCUUUAUCAUGGAGCCACAGGCAUUUUUUAUCUGAGCGCUGCUGUGUUGCAGGCAAAUGCAACAAUCCAUUCAGAGACUGAAGUGCCAUCUGAACAUAUCCCUCUCUAUUAUCAGCUCAAUGUUGCAGCCACGUUCUUUGCCUUCAUCACUACACUGCUGUAUAUUUUGCAUGCCUUCAGCAACUACUACCACUGAAAUGACAUGAGCUGGAAUUUGUAUCCCCAAACAGUUAACAUUUAAAGAAGAUAAUUCAGUUGCAACUGAAUUCACCCAUCAUCUGGCACCAUCUCAUUUUAGGUGAAGCAAAUACAUGUUUUUUAAAACCUGUAUUGUAGCAUGCUGCUGAGUUCUGUAUGUAAAACUACUCAACUUACUGUAAUCUUUCUCAUGCUUGUAAUUAUCCCAAAUCAUUACUUUCCCCCCUCAUAUCAAAGCCUUCAUAAAUAAUGUACAUAAAAUAGGGGGGAUUUUUGAACUUUCUGUUUUCAGUGAACUAUCUUCACAUUUCCUCUUCUGUGAAGGAAUUCUUGUUGGUUUGCUAUGGUAUCUUGCAUGUGGCAGAAGAUUCUCGGUUCAUAUAUUGAGGUGGCCAGUUUCCAAUUCACACAAACCAUAAAUGAAAUAGCAUAUAGCAGUGU